GUGGUUUUCCUCCUCUGUGCCUAUGUCACUGUGUACAUGAUCUAUUGGAAGUUCCGGAAAACGUUUGACAUUGAGAAUGACACAUUCCGGCUGGAGUUCCUCUUGGUCCCAGUGAUUGGCCUUUCCUUUCUGGUGAACUAUAGUUACACACCAACGGAGGUACUCUGGACCUUCUCCAUCUAUUUGGAGUCAGUGGCCAUCCUGCCACAGCUCUUCAUGAUCAGCAAGACUGGCGAGGCUGAGACCAUCACCACUCACUACUUGUUCUUCCUGGGGCUGUAUCGGGCACUCUAUCUAGCCAACUGGAUCUGGCGGUACCAGACAGAGAAUUUCUAUGAUCAGAUCUCAGUGGUGUCUGGAGUAGUACAAACCAUCUUUUAUUGUGACUUCUUCUACUUGUAUGUGACCAAAGUCCUUAAAGGAAAGAAGUUAAGCCUACCAAUGCCAGUCUAAAGAGAAGGACCACACUAUAAGGCAGCCAGAGCAAACCAUUCCUCCUUGGUGACUGAAUGUUGAGUGAUUGGUGUGAAUUUGAGCAAAGCACUGGCAGAACUUCCUGUCUCACCAUCAACAGUUGGACUUCCUUACACACCAUCAUGGAUGCAAUGGAAUACCUGGUCCAGCUGCCCAAGUGUGGUGCCUUAGAAUGGCAAGUAAAAAUAAGGAGCAGUAAGAUACCUCCACCAACGACCAACCAUUGCUCCUUUAGUGGAAGAAGGCUCAUGCCAAGGAAUGGGCCAGAUCCAUUUGCAAAGACCCUUCCUAGGUCAGAGUGGAACUGAAGACUCCAGGAGUAUGUUGUCAGUCACACUGCAUCUAAGGCGCAAGCAAUCCCAAUCCAAGUCACCAGCUCUGUCAAAUGCUUAGGACUCACCUCAGUUCCCAGGCCAUCUAACUGUUGACUCAGAUUCUUGUGCCAAGAACCUUCAUUAGUCUACCCUCCCCUCCCAGUUUGAGGUGCUAAGCUGGGUGAUUAGUCACUCAACCUCCCAAUAUUUGUUGGAGCAAAAUGUUAAUGUAAUAAAAAAUUCACACCUUUA